GACGCUCCGGAGUCCUCAGUUCUAACGGGCAGCUCGUAGAGUCAAAACGUUGACCAAAAAAAAACGAGAAAAAUCGAAAAAAACAAAAAUGAAGUCCUUCAUCGAGUAUCCAGUGGACGCUGAUUUUCCAAUUGAAAAUUUGCCUUACGGGGUUUUCUCAACAGCUGAAAACUCGAAAAAACGAAUCGGAGUGGCGAUCGGCGAUCAAAUUUUGGACCUUUUCGCUAUUGCUCAUCUCUUCACUGGCCCAUUAUUGGCGUCGAAUCAAAAUGUAUUCGCCGAAGAAACUCUCAAUGAUUUUAUGGCCCUCGGCAGAGACGCUUGGAAAGAAGCACGGAGCACCAUACAAAAUUUACUCUCAGUCGAUAACCAAACUUUGCAGAAACCUGAAUUACGCUCCAGAGUCUUCGUCCCUCAAAAAUCGGCGACGAUGCAUCUACCGGCGAAAAUCGGCGACUACACCGAUUUCUACUCGUCGAUUCAUCACGCGACGAACGUCGGAAUAAUGUUCCGUGGCAAGGAGAACGCCCUGAUGCCAAACUGGAAACACUUACCGGUCGGUUACCACGGACGAGCCAGCUCCGUAAUCGUUUCCGGCACACCCAUCGUUAGGCCGAAAGGUCAAACUCUUCCGGUCGAAGGCGCGGCACCCGCGUACGGCCCCUCGAGACUCAUGGACUUUGAACUCGAAGUUGCUUUCUUCGUCGGAGGCCCACCCACCAAACUCGGCGAUACCGUACCCGCGAGCAAAGCUUACGAUCGCAUUUUUGGCAUGGUCACCAUGAACGAUUGGAGCGCCCGCGACAUCCAGAAGUGGGAAUACGUGCCACUCGGUCCUUUCUGCGCGAAAAAUUUUGGCACCACCAUUUCGCCCUGGAUCGUCACGAUGGAGGCUCUCGAGCCCUUCAAAAUUCCGAACAUGGCCCAAGACCCGAAACCCUUCCCUUAUUUGCAGCAUGACAACUCGUGCAACUUCGACAUCAAACUGGAAGUUGACAUCACACCACCCUCUGGACCCACGACCACUGUUUCUCGAAGCAACUACAAAUACAUGUACUGGACUGCCCAGCAGCAGUUGGCGCAUCACACCGUCACUGGCUGCAACGUAAAUCCUGGUGACUUGAUGGCCUCUGGGACGAUUAGUGGAGAGACUUCGGAUUCGUACGGUUCGAUGUUGGAGCUCUGCUGGAAGGGUACGAUGCCGAUACCAAUGAAGGACGGUAGCACUCGUAAAUUUCUGCAGGAUGGUGACGAAGUUUCGAUCCGAGGUUUCUGUCAAGGCGAAGGUUUCCGGCUCGGUUUCGGGCCCUGCAAAGGUCAGCUGCUGCCAGCCCACCCGGAGUAGAAAAAAGAGUGUGAAAAUUUUGAAAAAAAAAUCAUUUUUUACAUAAAUAAAGGAAAAACGAAUAAAAAAACGA